ACCUUUACUUCAAUGAUAAGGUCGCUUAUAUCUGUAAGGAAAGGAUGUCAUUUAUUUUUUUAACACGCUUCAAUAAAUUUGAUCCUCGGAUAAACAUUACACUUAAAUAUAUGUACAUACCUUUUAAAUAAUGUACAUUGAAAAAAUGUGUCUUUAAAAGCAAAGGAUUUCGCAAAGAUUAGUUAAAGGUUUUGGUUUAAACAUAUUUUAUUCAAAUAAUAUACAUGUAUGUAAAUAAUUUACAACACUUAAUGCUCAAAGGAAUCGGACGGAGAGGUAUAGAGAGAUCAAAAACAUUAUACAUGUAUAACAGCGACAUGUAUGCAAACUUUAAACAGAAAGAUGAUCAAUAUAUGGUGUUAAAACAACAUAUUGAAAAACUGACUUUGUAAGAAUGUGUGAAAGAACUAUAACAUCUGUGCUCAGUUUCCUUGUAGGAUAAUCAUUUAAGUUAACAUUUGAUACAUGUUAUUUUCAGUGUUAGAGUUUAAAUCCGUGAUAGUACAAUUAAAGGUAACUAAAACGUAUAAUUUUUAACCAUAUGCAAUACUUUCAGUACUUAUACAUUUAAUACAAAUUCAGCAUGCGUUUAUCAAAGCUGAAUGUGAAUGAAAUAUACAUUUGUAUGUUUUAUGGAACAUAUUUUCUUGUCAAUUUCAACUGGCUUCAAAAUGAAACGAAGAUGUAAUUGGAAAGGGGCAAUAGUGUUUAUAACAGUGUUAUGUUUGUGUGCUUCAGUAUGGAUUACUUCAAGUAUGAAAACAAUACGUGUAAAUUCAGAUGACCUAAAUAAGAACAAAAUCGAAAACAGUUUUGACUAUAUUCAAAGAAACACAGCUAGCAAUGGCUCAGAAGUAAUUACAAAUACGUACAAUAGGGGUAUGAAAAAAGACCAAGCCCGAUUUCACAAAAUACCUAACGGCAUGUUGCGUAUUGCGCGUGAUAAGAAUGCAAAACAAGUUUUUCUUAAGCGUAAACAAUUACUGGGUAAGACACGACCAGGUUAUUAUCACGAAUUAAAUAGCGACAAAUUAACGGUUGACGAAUUACUGGCUGCUAGAUCACCAAGAACGUACGUGGAAAGUGAAAUGGACAAAUUAAAUAGAGAAAAAGUAGCGGCAGACGACCCAAGACUUGUGAAGCUGAUACGUCAGUAUUUCAUUAAAUCUCCAUCAAAUUUACCAUACAACCUUCAUCAUAUGAACACGAUAGAUACGUCAAUGGGCCAAGCCGCUUUCGUCGAUAAUAGACUUGGAUUCAAAGAAAAUGGAUUCUUUGUUGAAAGUGGAGCUCACGACGGGGAAUAUUUAUCAAACACAAUUUUCUUGGAAAGAACUAGACAUUGGACUGGAGUAUUAAUAGAGCCGCUGCCUGGUUCUUUUGAAGCGCUUCAACAAAAGCGCCGAAAAGCCUACACUAUCAACGCAUGUUUAAGUAUUCAUCCAUAUCCCUCAAUAGAACAUUUAUCAGCUAUUCCAGUAGUGGGAAGUAUAGUACAGAAAACACGAUUUUCUCAGAGAUAUGACCAAGAAGCAAGAGUCCCUGUCCAGUGUUUUCCUUUACAUUCUAUACUUCUUGCAUUAAACCAACCGCAUGUAGACUUUCUCAGCCUUGAUAUUGAAGGGGUUGAAAAACAAGUCCUUGACGCAAUCCCUUGGAACAAAGUGGAUAUCAGUAUGUUUGCUAUUGAAUUCGAUAAAUGGCUUGAAGGUAAAGACGCAUUAUGUAAAUACAUGGAAAGCAACGGUUAUGAAUGUUCCGUGACACUUCAGGCUCCAGGUGCGGCGGAUGUUAUAUUUCGUAAACGAUAUUAUUGAAAUGCUAAGUAAUACUGCAAAAAUUGUAGUCGAAUUACACGAAUGCUUUGUAGUUUUAAGCCUCUCGCCGAUUUCAAUAACAAAUCAGAACCAGAGACCAAAUAUUUUUACAUCGCGUCGAUCAGUCACACAGUGUAAGGUGCGCAUUACUCACAGUAUGGCUAUAACACCACGUGCGGUGUACAUUAAUCAUACCAGAGCGUUGAUUCUUACAAAGUGAACUGGUGAGUGCAAAAAUCGGUCAAACCACGCAAUAUAGAUGCUUAAUAUUUUCAUUAAUAAAGAUGGAUUGUAUUGAAAAACUAUUUCGAACGUACCUGUGAAUGUUAUGUAAGACAUCAUUAUAUGCAUUUAGGUCUUGUGCAAUAA